AUGACGGAUCCCUCCAAACCCACUUCUCCCUUCGUGGAUGAUACUGAACAUGGGCCAGGGUCAGCAUCUAAUGGUUUGUCGUCCAUGUCGCCAUUUGACGAUAGUUUUCAAUUUGAAAAUCCUAGUAGUGCGCAUGGAAAUAUUGAAGUAGCAAAAACCGGCGGUUCUGUUUUAAAACGGCAAUCUAAGCCAAUGAAAGAUAUUAGCACACCCGAUCUCUCAAAAGUUACUUUUGAUGGAAUCGAUGAUUAUAGUAACGAUAAUGAUAUUGAUGACGAUGAUGAAUUCAAUGGUAAAAAAGCCGAGAUACAUGAGCACGAAAAUGAGGUUGAUGACGAACUUCAUUCGUUUCAGGCAACACCGAUGCCCAAUACUGGAGGUUUUGAGGAUGUUGAGUUGGAUAACAAUGAAGUUAGCAACGAUUCGCAGGCAGAUCACAAAUUGAAAAGGGUACGUUUUGGUACAAGAAGAAAUAAGUCGGGUAGGAUAGAUAUGAGUAGGUCAAAAACUUUGAAAUGGGCCAAAAAGAACUUCCAUAAUGCCAUUGACGAAUUCAGUACUAAAGAAGAUAGUCUUGAAAAUUCAGCCUUGCAAAAUAGGUCUGAUGAAUUGAGAACAGUUUACUAUAACUUACCUUUGCCAGAGGAAAAGCUCGACGAAGAUGGUUUACCAUCGGUAGUUUACCCGCGUAAUAAAAUUAGAACCACGAAAUAUACCCCAUUAACAUUUUUUCCCAAGAACAUUCUUUUCCAAUUUCACAAUUUCGCCAAUAUUUAUUUUUUAAUACUGUUGAUCCUAGGUGCUUUUCAGAUAUUUGGUGUUACAAAUCCAGGUUUUGCAUCUGUUCCCCUAAUUGUUAUUGUCAUUAUCACUGCUAUUAAGGAUGGUAUCGAAGAUUCUAGAAGAACUGUAUUGGACUUAGAGGUUAAUAAUACAAGAACACAUAUCUUAGCCGGCGUAAAGAAUGAAAACGUUGCUGUUGAUAACGUUUCCUUAUGGAGGCGUUUCAAGAAAGCAAAUACUAGGGCGUUGAUAAAGAUUUUUGAGUAUUUUUCAGAAAACCUGACUGCUGCUGGCAGAGAGAAGAAACUACAGAAAAAAAGGGAAGAACUACGUAGGAAGAGGAACUCGAGGAGUUCUGGGCCGCGUGGAUCUUUGGAUUCCAUUGGUAGUUAUAGAAUGUCUGCUGACUUUGGCCGUCCCUCUUUGGAUUACGAAAAUUUAAAUCAAACAAUUUCGCAGGCUAACAAUAGAUAUAACGAUGGAGAAAAUUUAAUUGAUAGAACGUUGCAACCAAACCCUGAAUGGAGAUUUGCCAAAGAUUACUGGAAAAAUGUUAAAGUUGGAGAUAUUGUUCGUGUUCACAAUAACGAUGAAAUUCCUGCUGAUUUGAUCUUAUUAUCGACAUCGGAUGUCGAUGGCGCCUGUUAUGUAGAAACCAAAAAUUUGGAUGGUGAAACAAAUUUAAAGGUCCGUCAAUCAUUGAAAUGUACCAAGAUUAUUAAGAGUUCGAGGGAUGUUGCUAGAACGAAGUUUUGGGUGGAAAGCGAGGGCCCGCAUGCCAACUUAUACUCUUAUCAAGGUAAUUUCAAAUGGCAGGAUACUGAAAAUGGGAACAUCAGAAAUGAACCUGUCAAUAUUAAUAAUUUACUAUUGAGAGGUUGUACUUUGAGAAAUACUAAGUGGGCUAUGGGUAUGGUUAUCUUUACUGGUGACGAUACCAAGAUUAUGAUAAACGCUGGUGUCACUCCAACCAAAAAAUCCAGAAUCUCAAGAGAAUUGAAUUUUUCUGUGAUUUUAAAUUUUGUACUUUUGUUUGUCCUAUGUUUAGCUGCUGGUAUUGUUAACGGUGUUUAUUAUAAACAGAAACCUCGAUCGAGAGAUUUUUUUGAAUUUGGUACCGUUGCAGGCUCUGCCUCUACAAAUGGUUUUGUUUCUUUCUGGGUUGCAGUUAUUCUUUACCAGUCAUUGGUUCCGAUCUCCUUAUACAUCUCCGUGGAAAUUAUUAAGACAGCACAAGCUAUCUUCAUUUAUACCGAUGUCCUGUUGUAUAAUGCUAAGUUAGACUAUCCAUGCACACCAAAAUCGUGGAACAUCUCCGAUGAUUUAGGCCAAAUUGAAUAUAUUUUCUCAGAUAAAACAGGCACGUUGACGCAAAAUGUUAUGGAAUUCAAAAAAUGUACAAUUAACGGUGUGUCUUAUGGGCGUGCCUAUACGGAGGCGCUAGCAGGCCUCAGGAAAAGACAGGGUAUUGAUGUCGAAUCGGAAGGCCGUCGCGAAAAGGAAGAGAUAGCAAAAGAUAGGGAAACAAUGAUUGACGAGUUAAGAUCAAUGAGUGAUAAUACGCAAUUUUGCCCGGAUGACUUAACUUUUGUAUCUAAGGAAAUUGUGGGAGAUUUAAAAGGAUCCAGCGGUGAUCAUCAACAAAAGUGUUGUGAACACUUUUUACUGGCGCUGGCGUUAUGCCAUUCUGUCCUUGUGGAGCCAAAUAAGGACGAUCCUAAGAAAUUGGACAUCAAGGCACAAUCACCUGAUGAAUCUGCCUUGGUUUCCACUGCCAGACAAUUAGGAUACAGUUUCAUUGGUAAUUCAAAAAAUGGACUGAUAGUAGAGAUUCAAGGUGUUCAAAAGGAGUUUCAAGUUUUGAACGUACUUGAAUUCAAUUCGUCGAGAAAAAGAAUGAGCUGUAUUAUCAAGAUCCCAGGUCCUACACCGAACGAUGAACCUAAAGCAUUGUUGAUAUGUAAAGGUGCGGAUUCUGUUAUUUAUUCAAGACUAGAUCGCACUCAAAACGACGCUACUUUAUUGGAAAAGACGGCCCUUCAUUUGGAAGAAUACGCCACAGAAGGUUUAAGAACAUUAUGUUUGGCACAAAGAGAACUCAUAUGGUCUGACUAUGAACGUUGGGUCAAAACUUAUGAUGUGGCCGCUGCGUCCGUGACUAAUAGAGAAGAAGAGCUCGAUAAAGUUACCGACGUUAUUGAACGUGAGCUUAUAUUACUUGGUGGCACAGCCAUUGAAGAUCGUUUACAAGAUGGUGUUCCUGAUUCAAUUGCACUUCUAGCUGAGGCUGGUAUUAAAUUAUGGGUCCUAACAGGUGAUAAGGUGGAAACUGCCAUUAAUAUUGGUUUUUCCUGUAAUGUUUUGAACAAUGAUAUGGAACUAUUAGUGGUGAAAACUGCCGGGGAAGAUGUAGAAGAAUUUGGUAGUGACCCCGUUCAAGUGGUUAAUAGUUUGGUGACAAAAUACUUGAGGGAGAAAUUUGGCAUGAGUGGAUCCGAUGAGGAGCUAAAAGAGGCCAAAAGGGAACACGGUGUGCCACAGGGAAAUUUCGCUGUCAUUAUUGAUGGGGACGCGUUAAAAGUAGCUUUGAGUGGUGAAGAAAUGAGGCGCAAGUUUUUGCUGCUGUGCAAAAAUUGUAAAGCUGUCUUGUGUUGUAGAGUUUCUCCAGCACAAAAGGCUGCAGUGGUCAAACUGGUUAAGAAGACCCUAGACGUUAUGACCUUGGCCAUUGGUGAUGGUUCCAACGAUGUAGCCAUGAUUCAAUCGGCAGACGUUGGUGUCGGUAUUGCGGGUGAAGAAGGUAGACAGGCUGUUAUGUGUUCUGACUAUGCCAUUGGGCAGUUCAGAUAUGUUACAAGGCUAGUGUUGGUGCACGGCAAAUGGUGUUAUAAGAGGCUGGCAGAGAUGAUCCCGCAGUUUUUUUACAAGAACGUUAUUUUUACGUUAGCCCUGUUCUGGUAUGGUAUUUACAAUAAUUAUGAUGGGUCGUACUUGUUUGAGUAUACGUUUCUGACAUUUUACAAUCUUGCAUUCACAUCCGUACCUGUCAUUUUACUAGCCGUACUAGACCAGGAUGUUUCCGAUACUGUCUCGAUGUUGGUGCCACAGUUGUACCGUGUGGGCAUCCUAAGGGAAGAAUGGAAUCAAACCAAAUUUCUUUGGUACAUGCUGGAUGGUAUAUACCAAUCCGUGAUAUGCUUCUUUUUCCCCUAUUUGAUGUACCAUAAGAACAUGGUUGUAACCGAUAAUGGCCUCGGGCUAGAUCACCGCUACUUCGUCGGUGUCUUCGUCACUGCAAUUGCAGUCAACUCAUGUAACUUUUAUGUCUUCAUGGAGCAGUAUAGAUGGGACUGGUUCUGCGGGCUAUUCAUAGCCCUGUCACUGGCCGUGUUUUAUGGCUGGACGGGGAUAUGGACAAGCUCAUCAUCAAGUAACGAGUUCUACAAAGGUGCAGCACGUGUGUUCGCACAACCCGCCUAUUGGGCAGUACUUUUCGUUGGCGUGCUGUUCUGCCUAUUGCCAAGAUUUACCAUUGAUUGUAUUAGAAAAAUCUUCUAUCCGAAGGAUAUAGAGAUUGUCAGACAAAUGUGGUUGCGCGGUGACUUCGACCUCUACCCACCAGGCUAUGACCCCACUGACCCUAGUAGGCUCAGAAUAAACGACAUACGACCACUUACAGAUUUCAAAGAGCCCAUCUCACUGGACACUCAUUUUGACGGCGUCAGUCACUCACAAGAGACCAUAGUCACAGAGGAAAUACCAAUGAGUAUACUCAAUGGUCAGCAGGGCUCGCGCAAGGGAUUCCGAGUCUCUACCACACUGGAACGCCGUGACCAGCUCAACCCCGUUACAACCAAGAUGGACUUGCCUAGAAGAUCCAUGGCUAGCGCCCGCGGAAAUAAACUUAGAACGUCGCUGGAUCGCACAAGAGAAGAGAUGCUUGCCAACCACCAACUGGACACAAGAUACUCCGUGGAAAGAGCACGCGCUUCGCUCGACCUGCCGGGUAUCAACCAUGCAGAAACACUGCUUAGCCAGCACAGCCGAGACCGUUAA